CGGUGCGGGCGGCGGCUGCAGGUGUCACCGGCAGCAGUGAAACACAGCGCCUAGGGGCAGGCUGCUCCGCUCUUGGGACCGCCACUCCCUGCUGGCCUCUUAGUGGAGUCCGUUCCCCUCCGUCCAUCUUCUCCGUCUCUACUGCCAUGACAACCACGACCACUUUUUCGGGCAGGGACCCUAGUGGCAGGAACAGCUCCAGAGUGCUGCGUCCUCCUGGAGGUGGCUCCAACUUCUCCUUAGGGUUUGAUGAACCAAAAGAACAACCUGUGAGGAGGAACAAAAUGGCAUCCAGCAUCUUUGGAACUCCUGAAGAAAACCCACCUUCCUGGGCUAAAUCAUCAGGGACUAAGCCAGGUGAAAUCAGAGACGACUGCCAAUCUUCUGGACCACAAAGAACAAACUCAACUGAAGCAAACUGUGGAGACUUUGUAGAUCCCAAGGGAGGAGAUGUUGGUGGUGAAACUUCUGAAAUCACUGAGGCUGAUGUAGAAGCUGCCCCAGGUCAGAAUGAAGAAAAAUCCCUGCCUGCUGCACCUGUUCCUAGCCCAGUAGCACCAGCACCUGCACCGUCCAGGAGAAAUCCACCCGGUGGCAAGUCCAGCCUAGUCCUCGGUUAAUCCUUUCCCUUCCUGACUGUUUUGAACUCGUGUCUGUUUCUUUCCACCCCAUGCUUGUGAACUGCACAACUUGAGCCUGACUGUACAUCUCUAAUUUCUUUCAUUAAAAAGAAGCACUUUAUGUACUCCAUCUUUUUUUUUUUUUUUGAGAUCAAGGUUUGUUUUUUUCUCCCCACUUCUGUCCUGUGUUUCCCCCAGAUCUACUGGAAGUGACAUGAGUGUUUUCUAGUGCUAGACUUGAGGGAAAGCUUUAUGAAGCAUAGUAAUGUAAUUGGAAGGGGAGUAGCUUGGUUCUAAGUGUGCUUAGAGGGUUUUUUUGGUACUGAGGAUUUUUUUAGAGCCCCUGAGCUUUACAAGGGUCUAGAAUCCUGGUUAAACAGACCAGCAAACAGUCAGCAAGAGCAGUCCCUUCUUCCACGUGUUGGGGUUUAGGGAUCUAAAAGGUUUCAUUGACUGCAUGUGGUAAAUGCCUUGAGCCCUGCUGUGCCAUAUAUAAAUCCUGAAGUGGUUAAUAUACACCAUGCUGCCUUUAAAGAAAUCAAUCUUGAUACUGGACUACUAAUGAAGCAGGGUAUGUGCCAAAUAGGGCUGGUGAUCAGAGCUGCCUGGCCCCAGAGCUGGGUAAGGAUUAAUUCAGACUUUGUUCAGUGAAAAGUGGAGUGGAUCAUAUAAAUACAUACAAAUGACAGGGCGUUUUUUUUACAACUGACUCUCAAUGCUGUGCAUGAUCAUGCUGGUGCUUGACCAUGAGGUGAAAAUCUCAUCCUUUAAAGUGUGUGUUGUAAUUUCACAAAGCUGGACUGUUGCUUAAAAGUAAAUAAUAUAGAAAUUUUGAA